AUCAUGUCCCCCACCCCGCAGCCAUCCAGAAGGACUAUCAAAAUAAAGAUGAGCCAUCAAGGAACAUCGCAAUACAAAGGAUUGGUUAAUGGCCCUAUCACACCUAGGAAAAGCUGUGUGCAAGGAAGCUUAUCCUAUGGACUUGAAAACUGAAUGAAGGAAAUAAAAUCACAGGAAAUUUGUCCAUCUCUCUCUUUGCUGUUUGAAUGCUGAGAGGGCCAGAGACUGAGGCAGGUAUCCCAAGAUACUUUGAAUUGACAGAUCUCUACAACUAUGUCACUCUAGUGAUUUAGAUAACUCAUUUGUGUGUAUAUAUUUGCUUGCUUUAACCUGUAAAUAACUCUUAUUUCUUUUCCCUAGUUCAAUAAACCUUUAGAUAGUUUAUUACAGGAUUGGUUACAGGCAUUGUCAUUGAUGUAAGCUCCUGGGUACCAACUGAUCUGGGUAAAACAUAAUGGCUACAGCUGUGAUUACCUGCAGUAUAAUCCUAGUGUUUAUCUCUUCAGUGAAGGCAGAGGAAUGCAUGGUACAUGAUGUGCUGCAUAGUCAAAGUUUGGUAUCUGUACUGGUAGGAGAACCUCUUACUAUUGAUUGUUUGUUAGAUAAAACACUGGCUCUUCAGCACAUGAAUUACAGCUUGACUUGGUAUAAAAGUGGGAGAAAAAUACCUGUAACUCAAGUGAAACUUUCCAGAAUACAUCAGCAUGAGAACUUGCUUUGGUUUAUGCCUGCAAUUUUAGAAGACUCAGGAUCCUAUGAAUGUGUCAUAUGGAAUUUAACAAGCUGCAACAAAAUAUAUUUCAAUGUAAUCGUUUUCAAAAAUACUGCUGGUUUGUGUUUUAAUGGGGAUUUUUUCUAUGCUCAAGAGAUACCAGCAUCAUCAAAUGAAAAGAUUGUGUGUCCUCAUCUAGACUAUUUCAGAGAUGAGAAAAAUACUUUACCCAUUCACUGGUAUAAGGAAUGUAAUCUGAUUGACAAUGAAAGAUUUCUAAAUUGGAAUGAUGAUCUCAUAAUAAUUAGUGCGAAUGUAAAUGAUUCAGGAAAUUACAUAUGCAAAAUGACAUAUAAUUAUAUGGGAAAAGAAUAUAAUAUUUCACGAAACAUUUAUGUAACUGUUAUAGAGACCCCACUGAAGAAGAAAACUGAAAUUCUUUAUCCAAGAAACAAUACAAUUGAAGUGGAACUUGGGUCCAGUGUUAUCGUGGACUGCAACGUAUCAAGUUUUAAAGAUAGUUCAAUUGGUAUAUCCUGGAAAGUCAAUAAUACUUUAGUCAAUUUUUUGUUUAUGGGGAGAGUUCAAGAGGGAAAUCAAGAAGAUUCUUUUCCCGAUGGGUACUUAUUCUCUACAGUGACACUCAGCAUCACAGAAGUGAAGCAGGAGGAUUAUGGACGUCAGUUUGUGUGUCAUGCCGGUGAAGUUGCAGCCUACAUUGCAUUAAGACAGUCAGUUCGAAAUUUUCAAGGAUACUUGACUGGAGGACUCCUUGCACCAGUGUUUGUAAUAGUUGUUGUCAUAUUAAUCUACAAGUAUUUCAAGGUUGACAUUGUGCUCUGGUAUCGAAAAUCCUGUCGUCCUUUUCUGAGUAAAGAAGUUUCAGAUGGGAAGAUCUAUGAUGCAUAUGUAUUUUAUCCAAAAAUCAACAAAGUAGAUUGCAUCUACCCACCAGAUAACUUUGUGCUAACGCUGCUUCCUGAGGUCUUAGAGAGACAGUGUGGAUAUAAUUUGUUUAUACUUGGAAGAGAUGAUCUACCAGGAAAAGCUGUGGUCAGUGUUGUUGAUGAAACCAUUAAACAAAGCAGAAGGCUUAUAAUUGUAUUAGUACCAGAAUCAUCAAGUUGCAGUUUAUUAGAGGAUAUCUUCGAACAGCAACUGGUUGUGUACAAUGCUCUUGUCCAGGACGGAAUUAAAGUUAUUCUGAUUGAGCUAGAUAAAAUAAAGAACUAUACGAACAUGCCAGAAUCAAUCAAAUACAUUAAACAAAAGCAUGGUGCCAUCAGAUGGAAAGGGGACUUCACAGAGAAAUCCUAUUCAGCAAAUACAAAAUUUUGGAAAAAUGUCAGAUACCAAAUGCCAUCCAGAUGUCCAACUUCUUCAGAACUACACUUGCUGCCAACAACCUUGAACAGCUUUCAAACCACAGAAAGAUGAGGCAUAUGUCACUUUAAUGGCCCUGGGCAGCUCCAUUUCUAAUGCUGUUUUAAUGGAUUUUAUUAGAAUGCUGAUUGUGUACAUGGUAAAUGGAUGAUUUCACUUAAAGCCUUUCAGGAUUGCAUUCACAGGUUAGAGAAAACUAAUUAAUUAUCAUUCCACUGUGCAGAGCUAGCCAGCAGGACACACAGUAGUAUUCCUUCAAUGUUAUAUUAAUGACAAUAUUAGAAUGAUGACAUCAGAAAAGAAGCCCCAAACACAGCAGAAGAAAUAAGCUUUUGAAAGGACACUUUUCAGACCCUUUUUGAACAGUGUGUUUCUAGGAAAAAAAACUGAAUUAAAGCAGAUUAAGUAUAAUGAACAUUCAGGUAUCUUUUAUGUUAACUGGGUCCAGAUUUAUAUUCUAAGUUUUAUUAGUGAUAUAUUAUGUCUUUAUCCUAGGUGAUACAAUUGCAGUAGUUAGAAGUGUAGUUCAUUAAUCUGUUCUUUAUCACUAACUUAUUCAGUCCAUCCAGGUUAGACCCUCUUCACCCUGCCACCAAGCACGAUCAGACAUUACCAUGCGUAUCCUGCAAAAGCUCAUCUUACUCUGAAUUGUAGAUCUUCAAGUCCCAACAAAUACGUUUUUAGAUGAAUCUGAACAGUUUGAAAGAUGGAGGCAGUUCAGUUGAAAGAUGCCACGGUGAUUAGUUUUUAAGCAUAAUGUUACUGAACAUACUUUAAAUGAUCUGGAAGAGGGGCAAAGGAUUAAACAGCUGUAAAAUGUUAAAUUACUUCACCGAUAAUACUAAUUUGGGGUAUGAGGCAAGCACGAAGGAGAACAAAGUAAACGUAUGAAGGCUGGAAAUCCAUGCGUAAAAUGAUACAACCUAAUCCAAUGAGAUUCACUAGAAGCAUUACAAAAUGUACUGUACCGAACAGUCAGUGACCUGGCAGAAGGACAGCCUUGGUGAUCGAAUAAGUCUCUUCCAUCUCCCAACAUCUAAGAAUUGAUGAGAAGUGAUAGCAGUGUGUUUAAUAUUGGUCAGAUAUAAAUAUUAAGUUAAUGGGGCAAGUGCGGGGUUUUUUUUGUUUUUUUUUUAAGAAAAUAUAUGCCAUAGUUGCAGCUGAUCUUUAAUACAUUUCCAGUACUGUUUUGGGUCAAUUUUUGAAGCAAACUGCAGGGAUUUGAUGGUAUAAUUUCCUCUUGCAUAAAUUAUAAAGACUGCUAAAGCCUAUUACAGUUUUGUGGAAAAUAUAAUCCUUUUGAAGCAGCUGUGUAUUGUUAACCAUAUGAGACUGAUGUUGAACCGGACUACCACACAGAGGCUGCUGGCCAGGAGAGGUGGCAAGUUUUAGAAAUGAUACCUUUUUGAGAAAAGGAGGCAAGAUUUUCAUUGACCUUUCCUGGCACAGCAGAGGAUUUAAUGUUUGCAGGUUGUAAUAGAGUUGUCUGUGUAUCGUUAUCCAAGUGUUCUGACUACAACUGCUAAGAAAUUAGUCUGCCCUGGAGAGGACCACAAGAGCUUGGGAUAUGUUUAAGAUACAGGGAUUUACAACAACAAUCUAGUCAAUGUAUCGGCUUUCACUGGAUUACAGGUGGAAGGAAAUUUUGUAUUUUUGUAAAUGAUAGGAAAAAAUCAUGUUCUUGAAAUGAAGAGUAGAGUUGCAAAGUGCACAUUGGUCAUGUGAGAAAUGACAACCUGUAGGGCGGGCCAGGGAAAACUGGUAAAAUUUGGGAGAUCAAAUAUCGAAUAUCUAAAUUUAUGGAUACUACACUGACCUGUGGAUCUACCGGUUGUCUUCUAAAUUAACCAGAAAAGGUUAUUUCACUCUGAAACUAAUGCUUAAGGCCCCAUGAUUAUAAUGGGACUACUUGCAAAAACAGUUAAGCAUGUGUAAGUGCUUGCUUACCUAGGGGCCUGUGACAAGGAGGACUCUCAAUGCAGAUAGAAGUUGGCUAUGUAAAAGAAGGGCUCUGACUCCUGACAUUAAAUCUGUAAUUGGUUUGAAAUUAACAAAUCCAGCUCCUAGAAGUAUUGACUCUACAUAUAUGAAUCUUCACAGAAGACAAUGCAUUGACUGCAGGAUCAAUUCUUUUGUAAUACUGCUUAAUAAAGUAACUUGCUCAGGGUCUGAUAAGUAUGGUUUAUAUUCUAGGAAGUGCAGCAAUACGUUUUUGUAAUUGGCUGUGAUCAAAGGUGGAUUAGGGGAAAUAUGAACUUUGUGUGCUCUCAGGUUCAGCAACAAAAGGAAGGAAUUAUAUCACUGAGUCAAAGAACUGUGCUUAUAAAUGUUCAGUGUCUAUAUUUUACAUAUGGUAAAUUGUAUUUGUAUCAGUCAAUGAAAUCAGCCUCUCUCUCUCUUUCUCUCUCUAAUGUACAUAUUUUUAAGAUAAUUAGAAAAAUGUAAUAAAACCUCCGGACUAUUGUUUGAAUAGAAUGGGAAUGGUGGUGCUAUCAGAAGAAAUAUUUUCCAUCUAUAGCAUUGCGCAAUUGGAUAUGUUUAUUUUGAGGUUUUCUCCGAGCCUCAGGUACUGACCUCUGCUUGAGGUAGAAUAGCAGUGCAACCAAAUCAUCAGCCUGGUCUAGUAUUACAAGUUAUGUUUCUGUGUUUUAGUCACUUUGUUUAUGUAACCAUUUGGUUUAAACAGGUGCAAAUAUUUUUUACUCAGUAAAACUCUAAGAAUGUGAUCAAAAGUACAUGCUUGUUUUUUGUUACUUGCAUUUACCUGUUCUCAUUAGAAGUGUGCUAAAAUAAUAGUGUGUGUUUAGUGCAUCAUACACAGGUACAUAA